GCAGUCUAUCAUGAUUGUGGUCACGCAACUAUUGUAGGCCUAUACGUACCGCAGAAAUGCUCUUCCUUUUAUCCUUUUAGAGGAAUAAUAAAUAUGGAAGUUAGUGUUGGUUAGAGAGCAACGAAUAAUGGAGGGAAAGAGUUUUCAAUAUCUGGCCCUGUUUGCAGGGCUUUUUCUCUGCCUUUUACACUGUAAAGGUGUGUUAUCGAUCUGCGACGACAUCGAAAUGAUUGACUUUGCGGAAAUCACAUAUCCAAGUUCGGCACCCCAUCCUGAGGGGAGUGUGGCGAACAUUUCUUGCAGUUUCUUUUAUCAGAUUGUGCCUAAUAAUUUUAAGAAUACAACAUGCAUCAAUGGGUCGUGGUCCGGAAGAUUACCCCGAUGUAGACAUCGUCCGGAAUAUUGUAAUCGUCACGAGGGACUUAUUCGAAUCCAGGAGAAGGAAUGUCAAACCCCGAGAUGUAACAACAAUCGCAAGAGGAGAGCUUGCCCGGUUAACAAACGAUGUGUAUGUGACGGAGUGUGCGGAUGGACAUGCCUCCCAAUUUCUAUCUGUGGAGACCCACCCAUCGUGGAUAACGCCUCAUUACAGCCGAGCAACAAGCAUUUCUUCCUACCCGGUGAUACCCGUUCAUAUGUUUGCAAUUCUGGUUUCUCUAUCCGCGGCUCUCGAGAAAUCACCUGUGAUGCAGACUAUGAGUGGUCGGAACAAGCAUUCUCCUGCACACCUCGUUCGUGUGGCUACCCGGGAAGACUACCCAAUGCCGAUCUCACCACUCGGGUAUACCAGUACAGGAGUCGGGCAGUAUAUGUGUGUCGGGAAGGAUACGAGAACCCACCUUACACCCUUAACUAUAGAACCUGCCUUGAAAACGGCGAAUGGUCUCGUAUAUUACCAACUUGUGAACCUGUUCGGUGCCCAGAAAUACUUGGGAUAGCCAAUGGUAGAGUGGAUAGCUGGGGCGAUACGUUUGAAAGCCAGGUCAGGUUUGAGUGUAACGAGGGAUACCGCCUUGACGGAAGUCAGAGAAGGGUUUGUCAAGGAGACAAAACAUGGAGUGGAACAGAAACUGUGUGUACAGAAGUUAUAUGUGAAGACCAAGGAACUCUCAUUAAUGGCUACAAGACGAAUGAGAAAUCUGUGUACCGUCUGAAUGAUGUGAUUUACUAUCACUGCAAUGACGGGUUUACACGGGAUGGGGAACCACUCAGCUAUUGCACUGAGUCAGGAAACUGGCAAUACCCAAUGCCUGUGUGUGGAGAAUCAUGCACAGUUCCUCCUCACCCACGAGAUGGACAGUGGACGAACUUACAACCAGAAAGUAUUGUAACCCACAACACCAGACUUGAGUUACGCUGCCGCAACUGGAGAUUCACAGAGAGACUAAACAAUGUUAGGUGUAAUGAUGGAGAAUGGUCUGAUAGUGAUGCAGUACGUCUUUGUAAAGGAAGACCAUGUGGCAUGAGGGGGUCUAACGAUAUAGCUUUGAAUAUAGCAUAUGAUCCACCCAUCUCCGAUGAGGACCGCUCUUCCCAUCUGAUUCCACAUGAUACAAGAGUACAUUACGAAUGUGAACGGGGCUAUCGUCUGAAUGGGAAUCAAGAGAUGAGAUGCUCGCAGGGGAGUUAUGGGUAUGGUUCAAAUGUGCCCACAUGUGAACCUGUUCCAUGCCAAGAGGAAGGUGUACCCCAUGGAAAGUUUGUUUACACAUCCCCUAGCCAACCAUUAAAGCGAUCAAAUCCUCAUCAUGGAGACACUCGGCGCCUUGAUUGCAGGAAUGGUUACAGACCAUGGGGCUUUACUCAGAGUCGAUGUGACAAUGGUCAAUGGGACAAUAACGGAAGUCAAGAUUUCAGAUGUGAGCCAAAGCCAUGUGAACCUCUCGAAAAUGUGAUGAACAAGAAAAGUAUAAGCUAUAGCACAAGCCAGGAAAAUGGGAAAUACUCGCAUGGGACUGUGCUAACGGUCCAUUGUAACACAGACUACAUACCCGCUUACGGUAACGGAACUGUGACCUGCAAUGCAUCCAGAUGGUGGCCAGUUAUUCCUACCUGUCUACAUUCAAGGAACAAGAUAAAAGAAUCAGAUUCCUCUCAAACUCCAAGCUGGCGUGGUAAUUUCAUAGACAGUGCAUGGCUGGCAAGGGAUGGCCAUAAGGACAGUGGGGAAGAAUAUUGCUCAAGGACCAGGGUGACCAAAAACCCGUGGUGGAAAACUGUAAUGGAUGUCGUCUACAACCUGACCUUGGUGAAAAUAUACAACCGCCUCGAUAGAAACUAUCAUAGAUAUGAUUUAGUGGGUGCAGAGGUGAGAAUAGGCGUACAUGAAGAUUACUCAAGAAACCAGCUGUGUGGAGCCCCAAUAACACAUCAACAAGUUGCGGACAGUAACGAAGAAAACCAUGGGAUUGCAAUAAGGUGCGUGAGAAACGGCUCUGCUGGUAUCUACGGGAGUGUUGUCAGUGUGCAUAUUCCAACUGGGCCUGACGAGGAACGGGAGCUCAGCCUAUGUGAAGUUGAGGUAUAUGAAGAAGGAAGCUCUAUAUCAGUAAACGGUCCCAGGAAUGGAUCACGGGUGGGAUGCAUUGUUCCCGAUGUGGAGAAUGCUGAUAUAACUAACAUCGGGAUUGCAAAGCAGCAGUUUGUUUUGGCUGGUACCUCCAUUCGAAUCUCAUGUAAUGCUGGUCACACCCUCAGAGGUUCAGACGACUCCAGGCAUGUUGGUCUUCACUGUCUUGACAGUUCAUCCUGGGAUGAAAGUGAACCUGUGUGUGAGCCACUAAGAAUGGAAAGGCUUUGUUCCAAACCUGGUUACAUAUUUCAAGUUCGUCAGUACGUGAACGGAGAGGAGACAAAGGAACUUGUCACCUACCCUAACGAUGAGAUACCCGAAGGAACGUUUUUAGUGUCUCGUUGCUCCCAACCGGGACAGUAUGUAUUGCGUGGUAGUGCUAAUAGAACAUGUUUGGAUGGACAGUGGACAGGACAGGAGCCAAGUUGUGUUCUUGCAGAUACCAGUAUCAUCUUUCAAAACAACCAGCCUCUUGAAGUCAGGAAUGAUGGAACAAUCAUCAUCUUUCCUCGCAGUCAGCUAUACAUCUAUUGCCGUCUGCCUUUUGACAGCAAUAAAGCAGCAUAUCUUGUAUCGGAUAGGGGACAGUCUGGAGCAUAUUGGAAUCCUUAUCCUUUGACUACAAUGAUAAUGAAUCUAAACCCACCACGUCCCUCACAAUCUGGGCGGUUUACUUGCCGAUCUGCUGAUAGUUCUCUCUCUCACAGCGUCAAUAUUCAGUUCACUGAGAUAUAUUGUGCCCAGCCUCAAACUCCAGCCAAUGGUGGAUACCGCAAUUACGACUUUCACCAACCAAUUGAAGGUCACUACAUGGGAAAAUCUAUCACGUAUACCUGUGACAAUGGCUACGUUCUUCAUGGGCAAAGGAGAAUUACCUGCAUACUUGGAGAGUGGUCACAUCCUGCUCCAACAUGCCAAAGAGCAACUUGUGAAGAAUUACAUGCACCAGACAAUGGCAUGAUAGUAGGGGGCAACAGAAUAGGUGAUUCUGUUUUGAUAGGAUGCAACAGAGGAUAUAGGUUACAUGGAGAAAAUUUCUUGGACUGUCUAGAAACUGGAGAAUGGUCCCAUCCUAUGUCUGUCUGUGUUGUAAGAAUGGAAAGGCUUUGUUCCAAACCUGGUUACAUUUUUCAAGUUCGUCAGUAUGUGAACGGAGAGGAGACAAAGGAACUUGUCACCUACCCUAACGAUGAGAUACCCGAAGGAACGUUUUUAGUGUCUCGUUGCUCCCAACCGGGACAGUAUGUAUUGCGUGGUAGUGCUAAUAGAACAUGUUUGGAUGGACAGUGGACAGGACAGGAGCCAAGUUGUGUUCUUGCAGAUACCAGUAUCAUCUUUCAAAACAACCAGCCUCUUGAAGUCAGGAAUGAUGGAACAAUCAUCAUCUUUCCUCGCAGUCAGCUAUACAUCUAUUGCCGUCUGCCUUUUGACAGCAAUAAAGUAGCAUAUCUUGAAUCGGAUAGGGGACAGUCUGGAGCAUAUUGGAAUCAUUAUCCUUUGACUACAAUGAUAAUGACUCUAAACCCACCACGUCCCUCACAAUCUGGGCGGUUUACUUGCCGAUCUGCUGAUAGUACUCUCUCUCACAGCGUCAAUAUUCUGUUCACUGAGAUAUAUUGUGCCCAGCCUCAAACUCCAGCCAAUGGUGGAUACCGCAAUUACGACUUUCACCAACCAAUUGAAGGUCACUACAUGGGAAAAUCUAUCACGUAUACCUGUGACAAUGGCUACGUUCUUCAUGGGCAAAGGAGAAUUACCUGCAUACUUGGAGAGUGGUCACAUCCUGCUCCAACAUGCCAAAGAGCAACUUGUGAAGAAUUACAUGCACCAGACAAUGGCAUGAUAGUAGGGGGCAACAGAAUAGGUGAUUCUGUUUUGAUAGGAUGCAACAGAGGAUAUAGGUUACAUGGAGAAAAUUUCUUGGACUGUCUAGAAACUGGAGAAUGGUCCCAUCCUAUGUCUGUCUGUGUUGAAACCCCUCAGCCAGUGCGUCCUUGUGAUUUGGUCAACUGUGAGGUGUGGCAAAUGUGUGAGACAGACAUUAACGGUGUUGGCGAGUGUCUAUGCAUCAGCCCUCGUGAAUGCCCUGAAACUGAGGAACCUUCUGUGGUUUGUGGGACGGAUGGACAGAACUACACAAACCUUUGCCAACUCAAAGCCUAUGCAUGUCAACGCGGGUCUGGCGUAGAGGUAGCGUCCAAUAGUACAUCCUGCAUUAUUGGUGUACCUGAGCGUGUGCCACUAACAUCUGCUCCGGAUGUGUACGAGUCACCAAGCAUGUCCUCGUCCUUCGACAUCCAUGUGGAUUCUGGCCCGUCUUUUCCCGAAGAAACUCAACCCGCUGUUGAAGAACCCGAGGCAAACGCAGCCCAUUUAUUCUGUCAUGCCAGCGAUUGCCCAGCCAUUCCAGGAACUGAAUAUUGCCGGAAUGCAACCGCAAUUGUCAUUGCUUAUCCUUAUAAUUGGGAUGACCAGAAUGGAAUAAUGACGAUUGAAAUCUAUGAAGUGAUAAGAGGAGAUCUUCCAUCUUGGACAAAAGAAUCUCACCAAGAAGUUCAUCUGGACGUUGAGGACUUAUCGAUAGGGGAUUGUGUUUGCCCAUCCUUUGAAUCACAAGACCCUGUUAUCAUACGCUUCACUCAAAACCUGACUCAGGAUGGAAUCCCAUGGCUGCUAAACACGGACAUUGUUCUCCUUUAUUCUCAACAAUUAUCUGACGACAUAGAAGAAUGCUUGCAAGAGCUUGAACGCGAACCAACCCCUGAAGUACAAGGUGACCAAAGUAAUAGCUUCUCGAGUUACAAUGAGCAGGGUUCACCCGCAGCAGAUGGUGACCCACCAUCAGUGGACGGUGGUCAAACGGCUAGCGUCAGCAGAGUAAGCGUUGCUUCCCCAACUGCUUCUGCUUCAGCUUCAGAAUCCUCCUGGGACAUCUAAUGAGGUUCUGUAAAUGAAGAUGGCUCUCCUUCAUCCUUAUUUUCUCAAUCCCAAGAUUCUAGACCGAUCUGCUCGCUUCAGGAUUUAAUCUUGAGAUUUAAGAAACCCGUAUUCUGAUGUCCGGUUUAACUAGACCAUGGUAGAAAUCUGUUUUUUAAAUUAUGGAAAACCAAAAAUUGCACAAUUGCAUUGAUAUUUAAAAAAAAAAUCUUUGUGGCUCUUUCAUCAUGUUUUAAUGAUGAAGAGAAUUAUUACAGUCGUUAUUCCCAGUCAAUCAUGUGAGCUGACAAAUAGAGCUUGUACUGUUGUCACAGAUACCUGUCCGAAUUUGCUAUCCUUACUUUAACUACCACUCCAGACCAGAGUUUAUAUUAAAAUUGAGUUCAGAAUACAGGCCCAAGAAUAAUAAAUCCAACCCAAGCCAAUACCAAUUUUCUGAAUAAUUCACCAAAUAGCAUGCUUUUUCACCAAAAAAACCCCCCAUUGUUGACUCAAGAUGAAUCCAUGAAAUAUCGUCAUUAUUGCAUUUUUAUUAUCAAUUGUCUUUAUAUUGUUAUGAAGGGGAUAAUAUGCCUCACCAGAAAUAGUGGGAUUAUUUUAAAACUCAAGACUCAUGAAAAUUGGGCUUUAAGCUAGCAGGGGAUCAAAGUGUUGCAUCAUUUUUAGAGGGUGUUUGGGAUUGUUUUAAAUAUUUUAAGCCAAUGUUUCCACACAAAAAGAGAUGGAAUACCCUCAAGGGAAACCCACAUUUCACUACAUGUGGCCGUGAAAGGCAAAGUCCACUUAACAAGUUAAUUUCAAUCAUGAUGAAUAGCAUUAUUAAAGACCCAGACAGGACCCAAAUUAAGUGAAAUUGACAAAUCGUACUCCAGUCAAAAGCUUAUAAACUACUUAACACAGAAAUGCAAGCUUUAUGCAUAUUUCACCGCUUACCAGCUGAGUAUCUUGCUUAAAGGAGAAUGAAACUCUUGGAGCAAGUUAGCUUUUGUGAAAGCAGAAAAAUCAAAGAAUAAGAUCAACAAAAGUUUGAGUAAAAUAGGACUAGUAAUAGAAGAGUUAUGAGCAUUUGAAUGUCGAGAUCAUUAAUGCUAUGGAGAUCCUCCCAUUGGCAAUGCGACCAAGAUCUAUGAUGUCACAGAUGAACAACUCUCCCCUUUUGGACACUGAAAAUAUAUCCCAAAACAUCUCUUUUUGCUCAUUCUAAUCAUAUGACAAACGAUUCAUCAAUGAUAUAAUGUUGUGAAACCUCUGUACUUGUCCUCUCAUAAAGAGAACACCUCACCUUGCGAUAGACUCUAUAAAAGUGAGAAUAUAAGUGAAAUAAGUACUAAAGUAAUGAGGGAGUUGUACGUGUGUGACAUCACAGAUCUUGGUCGCAUUGCCAACGGGAGGAACUACAUGGCAUUAGUGAUCUCAAUAUUCAAAUGCUCAUAACUUUCUUAUUAUUCAUUCAAUAUUCCUCAAACUUUCAACAAUGUUUCUUUGAUUUUUCUCUUUGAUAUGGAUUCAGCUAGUUUCAAGGGUUUCAUUCUCCUUUAAGAAUAGCUCCAAUUAUCGGACUUCGAAAAUAGGCUUUCUUAUACAUGCUUUCACCAGCCUCGAGACAAUGACGUCAUGGUGUGUUAGAAGCAUUAUGAUUCCAUAGGUUUGUACACAAGAAAACUAGGUGAUUUUUCCGCUUUUCAGAUUACGUAUUUUAAUUUCUUCAGUUCUAUCACAAAGAGGUCAUAAAUUUCUUUCCUGCAAGCUUGCAUUGAUGAAAUCUAAAGCUUUUUGAAUACUUUUUACCAUAUUUUAUUUUCUGCUAAUUUGGCGCAGCCUUCCAAACAUUAUUUUCUGACAACAAUUUAGGCUCAAUAAGAGCCAAAGAAAGAAAUUAAAAAAAAUAUGAAGAGUUGUAGUUUUCCAUCCAUUUGAUUAAGCACUUAAUAGUAAUCAGUGCCAUGUUUUUGCAAAUUGAAAAAUUGAUUUCAGAAUCUGAAAAGCAGAAAUAUUGAAGUUCAAGUGCACCUCAGAAAAAUGUUGAUUUAGAUCCAUAGAGAAAAAUCAGACCAGCAUAAUGCUGAAAAUUUCAUCAAAAUCGGAUGUAAAAUAAGAAAGUUAUGACAUUUUAAAGUUUUGCUUAUUUUUCACUAAAUAGUUAUAUGCACAAUUAGGUCACAUGCAAAUGAGAGAAUCGAUGUAUUCCCUCACUUUCUUUUGUUUUUUAUUGUUUGACUUAUACAAUAUUUCCAUUUUUACAGAUUUGACAAUAAAGACCAACUUGUCUGAACCAUAAAAUGUUAAGAAUGGUGAUUCCACAAGUUCAGAGAGAAAUAAAACUUGGUUUCACGGGACAAUGAGAAAUUGGAAUAUUUCAUAUAAUGAAAUACUAAAGAAAUAGUGAGUGAUGUCAUCAGUUCCCUCAUAUUGCAUACCGACCAGGAUGUACAUAUAACUGUUUUGUGAAAUUAAGUGAAACUUAAAAAUGCCAUAACUUUCUUAUUUAACAUCCGAUUUUGAUGAAAUUUUCAGUGUUAUGUUUGUUGGAUUUUUCCCUUUUUAUUCAAAUCAUCUUUUUGUUGGGGUGGACUUGUCCUUUAACAUGUAUUUCUGUGUACAAACCAUUGGAAUCAACACGCUUCUAACACAACAUGACGACAGUCUUGAGGCAGGUGAAAGCACGUACAAGAAAGCCUAUUUUCGAAGCCUGAUAGUUGGAUGCUGUGUUAUAGCUUUCGAUUGGUAUAUGAUUUGUCAAUUUCUCUUUUGGGUCUGGGUCUUUAAAAAUGAAAGAAGCAUAUGAUUUUGAAUUUUGUCAAAAUGGAAGGUGAAAUAAGUCAAGAUAUUUAAGUUUUGCUUAUUUCACAAAACUAGUUACAUGUAUAUGCACAACAUGGGCGAUAUCAAAAUGAGAGUCGGUGAUUAAGUCUUAAACCUGUGUAUUCCAAUAGAAAAUAUUCUAAUUUUUGUAGAUUUUAUUCAAAAUUAGCUCAAUAGCUUCUCCAGUAUUUAUGGAUAGUAAGAAACCUAAUAUUUACGAUUGUUGAAUUUAUUCGUAUAAAUGUGCAACAUUGGUAUGCCAAGGGUUAAGCUUGCUAACACAAAUAGAAAAUUGUUAAUUUCACAGAUACAUGUACUUUCUAUAGUUUCUGUGGGUAUUCAGGACAUCAACAGGGGGGGGGGGUCAUUUAUCAAUUAACCAGUGAUUUACACUGAAAAAUUUGCCCCGAGAGGUCACAUCAAAUCUGAGCUGCAGAAUGAAAAGGGUUCAACUUAGGGUGCGUUUAUCCGCCACUUUUUUACCCUAGAAUCAUGAUUCUGCAGAAUCACGAUUGCGUUUAGUCGAAAUUGAAUAUAAUCAUGAUUAGAAUCACAAACAUGAAACACGAAAAAAGGGGCGUUUGGAAAGACGUUUCUGCAGAAUCACGUACGAAAAUGUUCGAAUAAACGAUAUCGUGAUUACAAUCAUGAUUCUAUGACCUCACUGUUGUGUCGGGCUACUGUCGGUUUGACUCUUGCCAAGCUUAAGGCGCUCUAUUUGCUCAUUGUAUGUACACGAUUAUGUACUACGCAUGCAUUUCUUGUCAUGUUCAAGUUGUGUUGGUCAUCGCAUCGUCCACUACUUUUCAUUUUUUGGUCAUGUCUUCAACUUCAAGUUCUAGUAAAUGAAUUAACUGGACAGACAAUGAUCUCAGUUGUUGAGUAUAUAGAGUAUCAAUAUUAAAUUGGAUCUACUCUGAAAUUCACUUCCGAACACCAUUUUGGAUAAACUAACAAGAUGAAUAGAAGGAUAUGGACCCUAUAUGAUAGAAGUAAACAAAAUGAGGUAUAGACUGAAUUCUGGAAGCAAAAGAUUUUUCGAGAGCCGAAACACACAUGCGAAAAACUUCCUCUGUCAAACUGCGCACUAGUGAUGCGCACUGGAUUGGCCCGAAUCUGAGGAGAAACAGCAUUGGAAUGAAGGUCGUCUAAAUGCCGAUUCUGUGAUAUUGUGAUUCAUGUUUGUGUUUUGAAUCAUGAUUCAAAUCAUGAUUCUGGCUUGAGGUCGCAUAAACGCAGCCUAAGUAAUAUAUUAAACUCCUGCGACUAUUAUUUCUCUUUUAUACUUCGAGAUUCUUCCUAAAUUAAAUAUGUGCGAGUCUUAUACUUAUUCAACCCAUAUGUAAAAUAUUUUGUAAGAAUAAACCUGAAUUUGAUAUAUACUGCAAAACAUUGA